AUGAACCUUGUUCAAGGAGAUAGGCCAGUGAGGAGUUACGAAUCUGAGUUCAGAAGGUUGAAGCGACAUGUUUUUAAUGGGCAUGAAGAUGAAGCAACUAUGAUCCGUAACUUUAUGUACGGAUUGAAGCCGGAGCUUGGAAGUCGUUUAGCUGGAAGCAACUUUAUCAGCUUAUCGGAUCUGGUGGAAAAAGCUGUUAAUGUUGAGACUGUAUUGGAGGCUGAAAGGAAGACCAUACCGCAUUCUGGUGGACAUACCAAGUUUAGCCAAGGAGGAAGACCAAAUUUCAACAAGGGUCCAAGGUUUAACAAAGGCAAAGGGCAAACAUUCGGAGGCCAAACCAAUUAUCGCAGUAACACCGGAGUAUGUUACAUAUGUGAUCAACCGGGACACAUUUCCAAGUUUUGUCCUAACAGACAACGGAGUAACCAGCAAGGUUAUUCAUCGCUAAGGAUGGAAGAUGUCACUUGUUUCUUCUGUCGAAGGAAGGGCCAUUAUGCAUCGUCAUGUCCAAACAAGCCAAUCCCUGCGACCCCUCUCGCGAUCCGAGCUCCUCCUAGCCGUCCAGCUAUUGAGCCAGCACCAAAGAAGCAAAACCUAGGAGGUAGAGUUUAUGCCUUAGGGGUAGAAAACCCAGACAAUGCAGGACCGUCAAGCGGUCCCAUCAGAGGAACCAUACAUGUUGCUGGUAAACCCACACAUGUAUUGUUUGACUCGGGGGCAACACAUAGUUUUGUGACCCCUGAAGUAGCUGCCCGGUUAUGGGAUUGUUUUGUGGUUGACAGGAUAAACGUGGCCGUCUUGACCCCCGCAGACCGAACCCUUCAAGCAAAUCAGUGUAUCAAGAAUGUUCCAUUGGUCAUUCAAGGCAAAGAGUUUGUGACAGAUUUGUUAGUCGUGCCUUUGGAAGGGUACGAAGUAAUCCUUGGAAUGGAUUGGUUAUCGAGCUACAGAGUUCAGAUCGACUGUGGAAAAGGAAGGUUGUUGUUUGGCAGAGGUAAACGACCAGAGAUGGUAUACUAUGGAAUCAGUCCUAGUAUGACCGUGUCUUUGGUAGCAGCAAUGAGAGUACAAGAUUUGUUUCAAGAUGGGGAAGUGUAUUUGGUAACUUUAUCGGUUAGUGGAGGAGCCACCAAUGAUGAAGUUAAGGUCAAGACAUAG